CGUUGAACGUUGCUCUCAGUGCUCCAUCCUCCAUGAUCCGUGGUUCACCUGCAGUCUAUUGCACGAGUCCACGGCGCAGCAUGCACCUGCUUGCAUACACGGCUGAUGCGAACAAGCGAAACAUAUCUGUCUGUCAUGGCUGGACCUGCACAGACCUACACCGUGCAUGACGACGCAUGACCCCCACAGCAUGUGGCUUGCGCUGACUCCGUGUCGACCAAUCUGACAGAAGUCCUUCCAAGUGACGAUUGUCCAUACGAUGCCCUGCGCCGCGCCUGCCGAGGACGGUUCUGUAGCAGAGCUUUAUGCUGACCAAGUCUCUUUACAGAUAUCACCGACUGGCUCACCAAAUUCGAGGCACAUUAUCUCAUAUACUUUCCUGAAGACGUGACAAUACCUCUUUCUUGACUUCGACUCUGUUAUGUUCCUUCCCUUUCAGCUCCUUUGCGACGUCUAGCCUUGCUUGCUCGCGGCGAUAGCAUUCGUGAUAAGUAUGGCAAGCAGCGACGUGGCCAGCGAUGGCUCAUUCGAGCUGAUCUCUCAUGACGAAGCAGCUGCAAGGGCAAGGCUCCCUUCGUACAUUCCUCGACCCGAGACCUUGUCCAUUCCACAAGCGGUGACCGACGAAGCUCGAGACGAUGAAGUCAUUGCAACUGGUUGUAUGCCGAGAAAGCAGGGAGGAGAAGCAACCCGAAGAGACUGGAAGAAGGUGCAAUCGAGGAGGCAGAACACGCAGGCUCCGCAUUCCCCCUCGGUCCGGCCGCCUGCAAGCAGCUCAGUACGAGCAUCGAUCGACACCCUCGUGAAUCCUCGGCCUGCCGAGGAAGAUGAAGCGGCGCCAAUGAAGCGAAGCUUCAGCACGAGCGUUCAACGAGCGCUCUCCAAGCUUGGCCGAUCUGGGUCCAGUGGAAAGAAAUCGCGCGUUGGUUCCAAGUCGUCGCACGCGCCAGCUCAAAUUGAUGCGGAAUUGGGCUCCAAUCCUACGGCUGUGUCCUACGCAAUGACCAGUCCACGUCAGCCCCCGGCAACCCAGCAAUCUGAGCACUGCCACGACAACAAUCCUGCGCCUCCGAGCUAUUCGCAAGCCAACACGCUCCAUCGCUCCAACACCGUCCCUUCGAACCGCAUUGCACCGGAAUCACCUGUCGCUACAUCUCGCUCCUCAAUACAGGUUCCUCGGAGCACCAGCACAGCGGCACACCCAUCUGGUUCCACAUGGACUAGUGCGCCAACUAGCCCACUCGCGCCCGCUCAGGUUGGCGAAACGAUUUCGCGCAGCAUGCCGCAGGUGCAUGACGCUCGCGCAAUUCUUCACAGCGUGCUACAGCAGAAAAGUGCGGAAGAGCCGGGUCAGGAUAGAGAGGGCGAUGACGGCGAAGAUGACCAAAUGGAGUAUGCACGCAAGCCAUUCAGCCCCGCUUUGGAGGCACAGCUGCGUGCCUCCGUUGCAAGCGCGCUUUCGGACCUGCAGACAAGUCCGGACAUCAUCCCCGAAGUCAGCUUUACUGUGCCGUCUCAGAAAUCGCCCUCUAAGUCCGUGGGCUCAGCAACUGCGGUUACAAGGUCAGAAGUAGUGCCGCUUGCCGCGGCCCACGUAACGAAAGGGGGUAAUACAUGGUCCACUCUGUCAGAGAUUCGAAUGCCGAAUCCACACGCAGAAAUACCUCGCUCUCUACACCAAGCGGAGGAAGACGUCUUUGGGCCGAUCAAGAGCAGCGCGCCUGGACCAGAACGCGGGCUUGCUCCAACUGUACCAGCUGCAGUCUUCAAAGCAGCAAAGCCCGGAGAUGCACAGCAGGACGCGUCGCCCGCUUCUUCUCCUAUCAAAAGAUCCUUGCCAAUAAGUAUGCCGCCAACUCCCAAGCGGACCAGUUCUCAGCGCGAGCCCCAUGCCGUUUUGGAGCCAGCCGAGAGCCCAAACAAAGAAGUUGCGCUGGUGAGCCUUGCGAAUGCCAGUGUUGCUGAACUCGAGGAGGUUGCCCCGGUCAUUUGCGAUCAGGCGGACACUCCUGUGGACGUUCUUCUUUCCCGCCCUUCAUGCGUUGCGGAUCUCCGUCUUCAAACCGCCGUAAGCAAUGUCAGCAUAUCCGACUACGGCGACGAAGAGGGAGAGGAGGACGAUGACUCCCUAAGUUGGGAAGAAGAUCACUUUCCUAUCCCCUACCUCGAGACCAUCAAGGAGGAAGAUUCCAGCCAAUGCUCAGCUGCAGACUAUGCCGUUGACCAACUGAUUGCGGCUGGUGAUGAUGACACUGGUGGUGCAGAUCUAGUUGAGACGCGUGCGAGGGUAGAAGUGUUUGCUGGACCUCCGCCAUCCGCCUCGGGACAAUGGGCGAUACCCGAAAAGUACCACUCAGUCCCCAGUGGCUUGGUAGUCGCGUCCAGCUCCGUGCAGUCUAUGCAGUCCAUGCAAUCCCUAGCCUCCUGUGCGAGUUUGGUGCAGGAUUGCGCUACAGCAAAGCAAGCAUGGCAAGACGAGAUCUUCUCAACGACCAACAUGAGCGAACAGCAGGCCGAUGCAGUCAAGGAUGUCUUGCUCUCCCCAGCCUCAAUGCUGCGACCUUUCGCAUCACCGCCUAUACCGGAGCCGCCCACUCCGCAGCUCGGGGACGUGAGCAGUUUGACAGCCACUGCCGCCGAAGUCAUUACAUUUACAGGAUGCCAAUCGCUGCUACCACCGGGGCACGAUGCAGACAUGACUGCACCGCGGCAUUCAGGCAGCUCGGCUACGACUGCAUCAAGUGCUUAUUCGGACUUUAGCCCCAUCUUGCAGCAAGGUCAAGAGCCCCUCAUUCCUGUCGUGACGAUCGAUGUGCCUCCUUCCGUUGCAGAGAUGGCUGCGUCGGCUCUGUCACACGCAGCCGCAGCUGCAGAUGUCUCAUGGGACCUGGAGACAUGCCUGGAGAACGUGACCAGAGGCUCGGUCAGAAGUUAUGGCCUGACGCACACAGACGUGAUGGAAGCACACGGGUCUGCGCUUCUGCGAAGUCAAGCAGCCUCAGUCUCUGCGCACACCAAUCCUUCCAGUGGGCACCGAACGCCUGACAUGUCGUCAGACAGCCCCUCGGAGGAGGACACGAGUAGUAGCAGUAGCAGCGGCAGUGGCGGCCACAGUGAAGGCAUCGGUGGCCAAUAUGACGCAAGUGAGGGCCACGGCGCGCCCCUUAUCGCAGUUGCCGGUGAUGUGUCGCAGAGCACCUUCGCAGACGAAGAUGACGGAAUCAGCUGGAAUGCCCAGGAGAUUCUAGAUUAUUCAUCGGAAGGCGCGUGCAACUGGAGCAGGAACAGUAUCAAGCUUCAAGUCAGUCCGAUGAGCAGCACUGCUCGUCGUUUUUCUCAAUCAAACGGCGACAUGCUGCCGCCUGCCUCCCCUCAGCUCAGCAUUCACAAUCAGGCAUCAUCCAUUUCCUUUUUUCACAGCAGCCCGGUCACGAAGCAAGAUGCUUCGCACUUGAUCUCGAUUCCGACCAGUCCACUCGUCGCGAUCGCUUCCUCCUUUUCGGUCAGCGCUCGCUCCAACGCCAGUUUCCACACCGUGCCCGUGCCUCCUUCCGUCGAGGGAAGCCCGAGCAAGUCGCCUUCGUCUAACGCUUCGAUUCUUGCACGCAGCACCUUCCGUCAUCCCAUUUCACCAGCCAUCGAAGAGCGCUUUUAUCAGGCCUUCAGUGACCAUCAACUACGCGAACCGCAGUAAACAUCAAUAUACAGUCUAGCUCCAUCCUUGGCCGAAUCCACGCUUGUCCUUUGCAAUUUUGUUCCAUGUUUGUACGCGCAACACAAUCCAUCGAGAUACCAUUUGCAAGUGUCGAAUUUCCAGGUUGUAAGUGCUGACUUCCCUGACCGCUUCUUUUAGAAGCAGCAUAAGAUGCGAUUAAUGAUUGCCAUGGAUUUCGAUGUCUUAUUUGAGCGGCGAGAACUUCAUCGGGUACAUCAUCUGCGCAUGCAUCUUGUCCACAAGUUUG